AUACAAUUUCCUAGCACUGCGCGCGGAUCACUCUGGCUAACAAACCAUGCCACUCGGUUUCUACUUCGACUUCAGAUCACUCAUUCCGCAAUGAUGCCGCAACAUCUCCGCAAUAUCGCCCUCGCCGUCGAGCUCUUCGCAGUCUUUGCACGAGGCGCACAUCUCAACUAUACUGGAGAGGCCGUCACAUCUCGCUUCUGGGACUGCUGUAAGCCAUCAUGUGGUUGGAACGGCAAAGCAGAUUUCUCGAGUCCGGUAGAAUCGUGUACGGCCGACGACAAGCCCACGGACGUUGCUGCCGGCACUGGUUGCAACGGCGGUUCCGCGUUUCAGUGCUCCAGCCAGCAGCCAUGGGCCAUCAACGACACUGUUUCAUAUGGCUAUGCCGGUGCCUUUAUCCUACCCGAACUUACUCACGGAGGUAUCGAGGGCGCCUGGUGCUGCGCAUGCUACCAGCUCGACUUUACGAGUGAGCCUCUGAUCGGCAAGAGCAUGAUUGUACAAGCCUCGAAUACCGCCUACGAUGUAACCGACGCAAACCGGUUUUCCCUUGCAAUUCCUGGUGGUAACACAACAUCGACAAAUGCAUGCGCCCAGCAGUAUGGCGUGGACCAAAGCGUCUUCGGUGAGCUCAUGAUGGGCGUCAGCUCCAUCGAAGACUGCCAAAAGCUACCCGAGAACCUGAGAGCCGGUUGCGAGUGGCGCUUUGAUUGGUUCAAGGACGCAUCGUUCCCUAGUGCAAACUUCAAACGCGUAGUCUGUCCUGCGGAAAUUACAGCCAAGACAAACUGCAUCCGUAAUGACGACAAGGUGCUGGCUGGCGAGGCCUCAGCCGCCCAGAGCCUCACAUCUGGUUCCCCUACUAUGGCUUUCUUCGCCGCUGGCAUACUAGCUUUAAUAUCGAUAUAGCAUCGGCGAUGCCGACGCCGUGCGUCACCCUUCGCUUUUGGCAACCCUCUUUCACGAUCGUCACGUUUUUUUUUUCUCAUCUCUCUUGUGUCCGCUCAUCUUUGAACGCUGGUUGGCAAGCCUUGUCAGAUGAUGGAUGUUUCUCAUGCACGGAUACCCUAC